AUGUCCCAACUCAAUUACCGCACCAUCAACAUUGAUGCCUUGGACCCCGAGUCCUCGACGAACUUCCCCAUGGAGUCCCUGCUCCCCGCCAAUCUCCCACAGGCCGCAUCUUCAAGCGAUGCCGCCAAUGCCGCGACACAGGUCCGCCAGAUGCUGCGCGGCGGCGACCCGGAGGGUGCUCUGCGGACCGUCCUUGACACAGCCCCGCUAGGCGGCGACGACCGCGCUAAGGAGGUGCACCUUGCAACUGUUAUCGACGUGCUGCAGGGGAUCCGUCAGGGCGAGAUGACUCGCAUUCUUGAGGGUGUGUGCAGCGGAGAUGGCGGCGCUGAGCGCGCCGAUUGCUUGAUGAAGUACUUGUACAAGGGCAUGUCCUCGUCCGCCCCCGGUAGCGGUGCCCAGUCACCUAAGAAGUCGGUCUCACCUCAAGACACAGGAUUCUCUCAGAUCCAGGCACGGAACCUAGGUGAGGGUGGUGGUGGCCAACAGAUGAGCGUUCUGCUGAGCUGGCACGAGAGGUUGGUGGAGAUUGCUGGUGUUGGGUCUAUUGUGCGUGUCAUGACCGACCGCAGGACGGUUUGA